AUGUCUGUGGCCUCUAUCCUUGCCUCUGCCCUGCUCUUUGGUUCUCUUAGUUCUGCGCUGGCCCAGAAAUGCAACACCAUGCUUGUGAUCAAAGACACCAGUUUCCUUCUUAAGGGGCUUCAGGAUGACCCACCCUCCAGAUGCAGCUGCAGCACCAACGUGACCGGCUGCUUGUGUCUUCCCAUCCCAUCUGGCGAUUGUACCUCACCAUGCUUCCAGGAGGGACUGUCACAGCUGACCAAUGCCACACAGAGAACACAAUUCUCAACCAUCUUCCAUCGGGUGAGGAGGAUGGUUGAAGGCCUAAAGAACAGCAGGUGUCCGUUCUUCUCCUGUGAGAAGCCAUGCAACCAGACCACAGCAGGCAAUACGCUGUCCUUUCUGAAGAGUCUCCAGGCAACGUUCCAGAAGGCAGGGGUGCAAGUGUCAAGACGCCGAGCAUGA